AUCAUUUUCGUACUUUCCACCAUAGAACGCCAUAUUCGAUGAACCUCGUCGUAUCGUUGAGGAAAUCGGCUCGCUGACUGCUGGCCGAACAUUCUACACCAUUGAUAAACCAAAUAUCUGAUUGUAAAAUAUCUAAGGUUGUUAAUAUAUUAAAAAUAUAAAAUUAAUUAAAUGUAAUUGUGCGCCAAAAAACGAGCCUUUUCUUACACGAGGAGGUUCGCAUAGGUACACUCAUUGGCCAUUUUUAAAAAAAAAAAACCCGUCUAUUCAGCGUGCUAGCGAGGUCAUUGAAGAUCUGUAUUAAUUCUGCCACCGCAUUCAUCGAUCGGAAGCUAAUAUCAUCCUCGAAAAUGCCUCUACCAAGCCGGGCCCGAGUAUAUGCUGACGUUAAUACCCAUAGACCUCGAGAAUAUUGGGACUACGAAAGUCAUGUAGUUGAAUGGGGACAACAAGACGAUUAUCAAAUCGUGCGCAAAUUAGGAAGAGGUAAAUACAGCGAAGUAUUUGAAGGAAUCAACAUUACGAACAACGAGAAAUGUGUUAUUAAGAUUUUGAAGCCUGUGAAGAAGAAGAAAAUCAAAAGAGAGAUUAAGAUACUCGAAAAUCUUCGAGGAGGCACAAAUAUCAUCACUUUGCAAGCAAUAGUCAAAGAUCCGGUAUCCAGAACGCCUGCCUUGAUUUUCGAACAUGUUAAUAACACCGACUUUAAACAACUAUACCAGACACUAACAGAUUACGACAUUCGUUAUUAUCUGUACGAAUUAUUAAAGGCGCUAGAUUAUUGCCACAGUAUGGGCAUCAUGCAUAGAGAUGUAAAACCACAUAACGUGAUGAUUGAUCACGAGAAUCGAAAACUGCGUUUAAUUGAUUGGGGUUUAGCUGAGUUUUAUCACCCAGGCACUGAAUAUAAUGUUCGUGUCGCUUCUAGGUAUUUCAAAGGCCCCGAGUUGUUGCUCGAUUACCAGUUGUACGAUUAUUCACUGGAUAUGUGGAGUCUAGGCUGUAUGUUCGCUUCAAUGAUUUUUAGGAAAGAACCCUUCUUCCACGGACAUGAUAAUUACGAUCAAUUGGUUCGAAUAGCUAAAGUUCUUGGUACUGAAGAAUUAUAUGAAUACAUUGAUAAGUACCAAAUAGAUCUAGAUCCUAGGUUUAACGAUAUCUUGGGUCGUCAUUCAAGAAAAAGAUGGGAGCGCUUUGUUCAUAGCGAUAAUCAACACUUGGUUACUCCCGAGAGUUUAGAUUUUCUUGAUAAGUUACUACGUUAUGAUCACAACGAUAGAUUGACGGCUAGAGAGGCAAUGGAACACCCAUACUUUUAUCCUGUGACAAAAGAACGUUCCAUGUCUGGACACAACUCUCCGACGCCAGCCAGUUCGCAGCAAUCGACAACUAGUUAG